AUGCCAGCAAGAGAAGCAAUGAUUAGAUUUCAUCAUAAUAUUCAGCAUGAGAAACCUGUCGAUAUUACUACCCCACCGGAAGUAAAGCACGAAAUUAUGCAAAAUCUUCAUAUGGAUCCCGUGCAGUUACGAGCACAUCUCCAUCAAAUGUUUGAUGUUUCGCUUGUCACUGCGAAACAAAUUUACUAUUGUGAGCUUUGUUUCGAUUGGAGUACUGACUUGGUUACAGCGAUUGGAUUCACAACCUCUUUAUUAGCUGGACUAUUACCAUUGUCAAAUGUACAUUGUGACGCAACUUACAAAACGACCAAAGGACACUUCAAACUCUACGGGAUUAUCAGUAACAUUGAGGGUGCAGGAUUUCCAGUAGCAUAUCUCAUUUUGAACACUACGAAGGCGCCAAACAAUGAAGAACAAAUAGGGUUAUAA